AUGACGAGAAUCAUGUGCUGUGCCAGUUGUGCUUCUUCAUUGGGUUCCAUGUGUGUAACGAAGGGGGAUGAGGUUUUCUUCUGCUGUCGCUCCCUACAAGUGUCAAGAAAUCACUCCUUGUCUCCAUGUUUGAACUCUCCAUGUCUCUCACAGGUCCAAUGGGCUCUCCAGGUGCUGCGGUCCGAAUUGCUCGCAGGUCUCAUCUUGGCGAUCAUCACUGGCGCUCACUGGACACUUACAGGCAUUGUUGGCCUUUGUGGAGUGGCCAAGUAUAGCAAGGUCUAUUUCAUCCUGCUCCAUUCCAUGAAGCGCAUGACUGGUGUUGCAGAUGCCUGGGGUCUCCUUAUGCUCAGUGGGCUCAUGCAGACGAACGGUGGCCGUGCUGCCAAGCCUCCUGCCCCAACACGGCAAGUGGCCAACGACAGUCACGAAGCGGCAUGGUCUGCCAAGGUUGCAGAGUUGGCCGGCCGCGGUGUGCGGCUGGGUGAUCUCCUGGACUUCUACCAGCAGCUUCUAGAAGGGGCCAUGCCAAGCUUUGAUCCACGCUACUCAACCACCAAUGAUGUGGCACGAGAAGCGGUGAUCCCCAUGUCGCGAGUGGGUCAGGACGGCUUCGCACUGGCCUCUAUAUGGAACCAACAGCAACCGCGUUUGGCGGAACGCAUGGUGACCCACAAUUGGGGAAAUCGCUUCUCUCACUUAGUUGCUGCCAUCAUUUCGGAUGCCACCGGCUGCGCUUAUUUCGCAGAUGUGGUGGCAUCUCUGGAGAAGUUGAAAGACUUCCAGACACUCAAGGCUUCCCUUGAGGACUCGGAGAAGAUCGAUACCACUUACUGGGUGUGUGUCUUCUCUGUGAACCAACACGCCAGCAUCUGUGGUGGCUUUGGCCCAGCACCCGAAAAGUCCCACUCCUCGCCGGGCGAGUUCGAGGCCUGGGAUGCCAAGCGACGCAACUCCGUGAGCGGCGACAUCUUCCCCUUAUGCCCCUGUGGCCGAAAGAAGUACUUCAACAACGAAGCGGCCUUGACGGAGCUCAACAAAUUCGAUGAUCUCAUGAGGUUUCUGGCUCGGGAAGUGCCAAACUUCGUUCAUGUCACCGUGGGUGAUGAGAACUUCGAGGUCUUCAAGCGAGCAUGGUGUGUGGCUGAGAUCGUAGAAGGAAGUGCGCUCAACAUCAGGCAGAAGUUACUGAUGCACUCCACUUCAUGUUUGGAUGACAAUUACGACAAGCUAAAGAGCUUGGAUAUCCGAGAUUGCGAAGCAUCCCGAGCUGAAGACAAGCAUCAAAUAUUGUCCAAGAUCGACGACAUCAAGGGCUUCAACGAAUACCUGGGAUGGCUGAUUUUCGAUGCAGAUGGCAUUUUCAGCGGAUUCCUUGAUGGAGAGGCCCGCUUGUCUUUGGUUGGGCGCUUGUCUGUGCGAGCAAGUCCCAGCAAAAACCUGGAUGACAUGAUGACAUUCUUCAGCUGA